AUGGCAGAUGACAUGUUCGCUGGCCUUCACAGCCAAAAAAACCUCCUUCUCGCUGGGGAUCUCCGAGUACUCGCCGUGGCCGUGGCUGGCCCACAUUGUAUCCUCCGAGCCUUUGUAUAUGUGGCGCCACUAGAUAGCCUUGAACGUCUGUAUUCCCGGAUUCAAGGCAAGGUCGACUGGCUAGUUAAUGAACCGCACCUUGAGGGUCUACUUGCUCGCGUCGGGAAGUCGUCGUCGGAGGUCGAUUCGCCGGAGGAGAAGAGCAGCGACACUGUGGGAUUCGCCGGUGGAGAAGAGAAGAGAAGCGGCAGCGACACUGUGGUAUUUAGGCGUGAAUCUUGGAGUGAAUCGCCGGAGGAGGAGAGCACUUGCUGA